AUGGCAUCCUUGAAAAUGAUUUCUUCUCUCAAACUUUCUCAUUCAAAUUCUGCAUCUCCUCUUCAAGCUCCAAACCAACUAGUUUCUUCUGGUGUCUCUCGCUCCUUCCCAACUAAAAAGUUUAAUAUUCCAACCACCCGGCAAUUUUCUGCAAGUUCCAAGAACACCACAACCGCUGCAUUCUUCUCCAAUAACCAAAAGGAACAUCAACAAUCUUCAAAACCAGGUAAAGUUCAAGAACUGUUUGUGUAUGAGAUGAACGAACGUGAUCGAGGAAGUCCGGCAUACCUGAAACUAAGUCAGAAAUCAACGAACUCGCUAGGAGAUUUAGUUCCGUUCAGCAACAAACUGUACUCGGGAAACUUGGAGAAAAGAAUAGGCAUAACUGCCGGCUUAUGUAUACUGAUCCAGCAUGUACCGGAGAAAAAGGGAGACCGAUAUGAAGCGAUUUACAGCUUUUACUUUGGAGACUAUGGUCACAUAUCAGUACAAGGAGCUUACCUCACAUACCAAGACACAUAUCUGGCUGUAACAGGAGGAUCUGGAAUUUUUGAAGGUGUUCAUGGAAAAGUUAAACUUCAACAGAUUGUGUUCCCAUUUAAGCUGUUUUACACAUUUUACUUGAAGGGUAUUCCUGAUUUGCCUCAUGAGUUACUUGGGAACCCUGUUGAACCAUCGCCAAAUGUUGAGCCUUCUCCUGCUGCUAAGGCCACUCAGCCUCAUGCCUCUUUAUCAAACUUCACCAACUGA